AUGUUACAGGAGCUUACUAACGUACCCCUGAUACAACCAGCACCGCCUGUGUCUACAACAUCUAUCCUGCAUACUGCAAGUACCGGGAGGGCGCGGAAGAAAUCAAGGUCGGGAUGUGGGACGUGCAAAGCACGCAAAGUAAAAUGUGACGAGACAAAGCCAGUCUGCAAUCGCUGUCUCAGUACUGGCCGGACUUGUGAUGGCUACGGUGCCCAGGGAGGAGGAGGAAAUACUUAUCUUGAUCGAUAUGGCCGUCGUUCCCAACCAACUACGACUUCCUCAGAAGUUCAGCUUUCAAAACCUUUGGCAAAGUCUUUUCCAUCAGACGAGUUACGCUACCUUGAGCUGUACAAACAGCGCGUAUCAUGGACGUCGUCAGGCUGGUUUGGGUAUCCCUUCUGGCACGCAACUGUUAUCCCAGCCCUUGCCUCUGAACCGGCUAUCAUGCAUGCUGUCAUUGCGCUGAGUGCUGCACACGAGUGUAAUUUUAUUCCAGGCCAGAGUAUCGACACGAGAGAGAAAUUCGUUCUCAAGCAGUACAGCCAGGCGAUUUCCGCCUUACAGCCGAUGCUGGCGAGGACCAGUGAUACACAGGAUGUCGCUGUAGUACUGGUAACAUGCAUGCUAUUUACAUUCCUGGAGUACCUAAGAGGGCGCCACGAAAUCGCCGAGACCCAUUUGAAGAACGGAAUCAAGUUACUAGGCGACGGCCGUGUCCCGCGCUCCAGCGUCAUGGAACAAAGCAUUGUCCGCAGCUUCGCCGCCCUCGUCACGCAAAGAACCCUCUUCGGCUCCGACUUCCACCUCUCCAACCCAGACAUCUUCCCACACUCGCUACACACCCUGAACUUACAAAACUCCAUCUUCGCAAGUCCCGAAGCCGCAAAAGACGCCUUAGACACUAUCCUCCGCCGCAUAACCCACGCAGAGCACCUCUUCCAAACCUCCCAAUCCCACCAGUCCCCCCCUUGCUUCGAAAAAACCCAAUCCCACCUCCUUACCCUACUGGAUUCCUGGCAUGAAACAUACAACCGCACCCAAGCCCACCUGAACUCCUGUCCGCCAGACAAAGACACACCGGCCUUUGGAUCGCACCCCGGAUCCUCGCGCACACCCCUCUCCUACACCCUCCUCCUCAUGUCCCACAGCAGCGCCCAAAUCCGAACGCACACCCUCCUCUCCACCUCCCCCUUAUCCUACGCCGCCCACACGCCCCUCUUCCACCGCAUCCUCUCCUGCGCCCGCACCAUCCACAUCGCCUACAGCUUCGCCGUCAAGAUCCCCCAAAACGUAAACUUUGAAAAUUCAAUCUGCGAAUCCGGUGUCGUUGCUUCCCUCUUUUAUACUGGAAUCAAAUGCCGCGUUCGCUGUUUGCGGCGCUACGCGCAUGCGUCGUUGAAGGCGGUGCCGCGCAUGGAGGGGUGCUGGGAUAGUCCUGUUGUGGCGAAUGUGGUGGAGAGGGUUAUGGGUAUGGAGGAUGUGGGCGUGUGGGAUGGAAGUAAGGAAGAAGAAAAGGAUUUGACGACACUCCCGAAGUUGGAGGUUGUGGAGGAGGCGGAGAGAGGGGUCGUGGUGCAGGAGGAGAAGCUGUUUCGGAGUGUAAAGGUGGAGAUGAGGGGGGAGGGGGGUAGGGCGGAGGUUAGGUGUGAGAGGGUUGGUGGGGAUGGAGAGGUUGAGGUUGUGGUGUUUGAGGUUAGAAAUAAAUGA